AUGGUGCGCGUGCCCGAAUCUUCUGAGGCCUCUGGAUUUUACCGUGAGUCCACUGGCGAAGAUGUCAAGAUUAAGCAAGAACCUGGGAUUGAAGUGUCAGCGACAAAGGGAUAG